AAGGGCAAGGCCGGCGGCGCUGUCUACGAGAUGCCAGCAUUCACGGCAGAGCUUCUCACCCCCUUCCCCCGGGUCGGGGUGCCCGUGAAGUUUGACAAGCUCCUCUACAACGGCCGCCAGAACUACAACCCCCAGACGGGGAUCUUCACCUGCGAGAUCCCCGGCAUCUACUACUUCGCUUACCACGUCCACUGUAAAGGGGCCAGCGUAUGGGUGGCGCUGUUCAAGAACAAUGAGCCGCUGAUGUACACCUACGAUGAGUACAAGAAGGGCUUCCUGGACCAGGCUUCUGGCAGCGCCGUUGUCCAGCUGAUGCACGGAGACAAGGUUUACGUUCAAAUGCCAUCCGAGCAGGCGGCAGGACUCUAUGCCGGGCAGUACGUUCAUUCGUCUUUUUCAGGAUAUUUAUUGUAUCCCAUGUAAAACAAAACACACACACACACGCACACACAGAGUCAAAACCUUUCUUCUCUGCUUCAAACUUUUAUACCAUGAAAGAUGCAUUUUAUGACUGGUUUGGACCAUCUUGUACAAAAGAAAAAAAAAUAAAUACAAAGUUUAUGCACAGCUAGCUAUAAAAAA